AUGAAACUUCGACAGGAAGUUUUUUUCUGCGGUAACGAUGAAGAAAAAUAUGGAUGUCAGGUCUUCUCUGAUUGGUUACCGCGAUUGUACGAAAAACUGAAUGGAAGCAAUUACUGGUGGAAGAAGAUGGUGUUAGAAGAUGAUGGCCGUUUCAAUUUCCUACUCAAGCCCAUUCGAGACCUUACCAAGAAUUGGGAUGUGGACAUUGCGAGCCAUCUUGAAGAAUAUUUGGAAGAGCUGGAGAAUGUUGCCAUCACAUUUGAUGGAGGUCGGACGAUGAACUUUGCAGAAGCUGCCCUAUUGAUUCAAGGAUCAACAUGCGUGUACAGUCGAAAGGUGGAAUAUCUUUAUGCAUUAGUGUAUGAAGUCUUGGAUUUGUUAGUUAGCAAAAAACGAAACAAACAAGACAAUGCAGGGAACAAAAAUGAUGGUGGAGCAGAUCCCGACAUCACUUUUAGUGAUGAAGAUAUCCAGCUUCUACCAUUGGAUGAUAUUGAAGAACUGGAGAUUGUAAUGAAAGAAAAUGAAAAGUUGGUAGGAACAAUUCCCCGACGACCGAUGUCCAUGGUUCCAUUUGGAGAUGAGAUGGGAGAUGAUCAACUUGUGGGCAAAAAUGGUGAAGUCCUGGGUAGUCGAAAAGAUUUCCGUCUCAAUACAAGUCAAGUUAAUCAAGACAGCUGCCUCCUCCUCGAAGCCUCUGCCCAAAUUUUGUCUGUGCAAAUUAACAAGAACAAUAACAACAUAAAUGGUGAACCAAUAACAUGUGAUGAGAAGCUGCUUGAUGUACAGUCCAGUGAAGUGAAAGAAAAUGAUUCUGAUCAUCAUAGUUAUGAUGCUGGUGAUAAUUUUGAAGACGACUUUCAUGCAUCUGAAGAGGUUCUAUUACCAGAGCCAGUUGUGGAGACUAUGGAAGAGCUUCCUAAACGUUCUGAAAGAAUUCAUGAAAAGAUGCUGAAAGACAAGGCAAAAUUCUCUUCUGUUGUACAGGUAAAUAAUAUGAAGCCUCUCGCCUUUCUUUCUCUCUCUCUCGCCUUUCUUUCUCUCUCUCUCGCCUUUCUUUCUCUCUCUCUCGCCUUUCUUUCUCUCUCUCUCGCCUUUCUUUCUCUCUCUCUCGCCUUUCUUUCUCUCUCUCUCUUCUCUUUUUCUUUCUCUCUCUCUCUCUCCUUUCUCUCUCUCUCUCUCUCUCUUUCUUUCUUUCUCUCUCUCGCCUUUCUUUCUCUCUCUCUCGCCUUUCUUUCUCUCUCUCUCUUUCUUUCUCUCUCUCUCGUCUCUCUCUCUCUCUCUUUCUUCUCCUCUCCUCUCUCUCUCUCUCUCUCGCCUCUCUCUCUCUCGCCUUUUUCUUUCUCUCUCUCUCUCUUUCUCUCUCCUCUCUCUCUCUCUCUCCUCUCUCUCUCCUCUCUCUCUCUCGCCUCUCUCUCUCGCCUCUCUCUCUCUCUCUCUCUCUCUCGCCUCUCUCUCUCCUCUCUCUCUCUCUCUCUCUCUCUCUCUCUCUCUCUCUCUCCUCUCUCUCUCUCCUCUCUCUCUCUCUCUCUCUCUCUCUCUCUCUCUCUCUCUCUCUCUCUCUCCUCUCUCUUUCUCUCGUGCAUCAGCCCGCUUCACUUCUCCAUCCAUAUUUUUUUUUAUGUCUAA